UACAUCACCAAGGCUUGCCCUAUCUCCUAUAAAUAGCUUCUCAAUCUCACCCACACACCCAAUUCACUAAACCUUGCAAACCCAAGGAAGAAGAGAAAAAGCCCACUUAAAGUGUGUAAUUUGCUACCUAUUCCACUAAACUUCUCUUUCCUUUCCUUCAUAUUCUCAAUUCCCUAGCAAACCCAGAAUGGCUAAUGACAAUGGCAUGGAGGAUCAAGUGUUGGAACCGCUGGAACUGCCGGAAAUCAGAAACAAGGCAGUUGUGAAAGAGCUUUACGGGGCCUUGAAGCGUGGGGACACUUCAACUGUGGCUAGGCUUGUGGCUAGUGAUCUGGAAUGGUGGUUCCAUGGACCUCCACGUUGCCAACACAUGAUGAGGGUUCUCACAGGUAAGUGUAUCUCUUCCGAGUUCAGCUUCCAACCUCGGAGUGUAACAGGCAUUGAAGAUGACCGAGUGAUAGUAGAAGGUUGGGAAGGAGUUCAGGUGUACUGGGUUCAUGUGUGGACACUGCAGGAUGGGGUGAUUACUCAGUUCAGAGAGUACUUCAACACAUGGCUCACUGUGAAGGACCUCAGGCCUUCUUCUUCUGCAAGUAGUCCGAGGUGCGAGAUUGCUGAGGUGGUCAAGAAUGAUGGCUUGACGACACUCUGGCAGAGUCAGCUUGGGGACCAGAAGAACCGUUCUUUGCCUGGUCUCGUACUAGCCAUCUGAGCCAUCUGAGCCAUCUUAGCUGGAAGCAUCGCAGUACUGUCUCACCAUAUAUGUGUCCAAAGGGAUGAAUCACUGAAGAUUUGAAACGAAAGAUAGUGGUACUUGUUUACCCUUUUUUUUUUGUAAAUUGUAAUGUGUAUGCGUAGUUGUACGUAAUUCUACUUUUUGAUUUGGGAAAUUGUUUUCCAUUAACCAUGGUUGUUCACAAUUUUUAUUUUUUUUUUGCCUAAAGUAUGAUUAUGUUGGGUUUGUUGUAUUUUAUUUGGACUGAUUGAUGAGUAUGGUUCAUUAGUC